AGAAAAACGACGCAAGAAAUCUACAAAUGGUCGAUUCCCAAUCCAUCCUCGUCAUUGGAGCAACUGGGCGUACUGGUCUUGAAUGCGUUCGUCAGUUCGCAGCACUCAGUCCCAAUCCUUUCAUCCAUGCCUUCUGCCGGAAUAAAUCCAAGCUGUCGAUCGCCGACCAAAACCGCUGUACCUCCAUCAUUGAGGGUGACGCUCGUAGUGCAGACAAUUUGGAGCGUGCUCUGGCUGAUUCCAGUGCCACGGACGUAAUUCUUAGCAUCGGGAAUGGAGAUAGCAUUAAAAGGACGGACAUCCGUACGGCAUCGGGCAAAGCGUUGGUUCAGGUCCUCAAGCUUCCAGCCUACAAGAAGGUUCGUACGCUGGUAAUUUCAAGUUCUGGUGCUGGAAGUUCGCAAAUCGUUGUUGGGAUGGGUAUCGGAAAGCUCAUCAGCUUCCAUCUCCGCCACAUCCUCAAAGACCACACCGACCAAGAGGCCGCAUUUUAUUCCAUUCGCAACCGCACCACUAUAGUCCGCGCUAGCGCAUUGACGGACAACGCUGCAACCGGAAAGCUUGUAGAACAUGGAGAUCACGAAAAGGCCUUAACCAUCAAAACGGAUCGUGCUGACUUGGCUGCUUGGAUUGUAAACCAGAUUUGUGACACCGACGACAGUUUGGCCUUGGGUCGCGCCGUGAACGUGACUGGUGUCAAAAAGUGAAUUGAGACUGCGGUUUGUAUGACUAUUGACGCAACGAAAAAAGAUGAUUUCACAUUAUCAAGUGUAUGCGGACUACAUACAUCAACAACCGAUGUGCGGACAUGAAUGUCUGUCUAAAGAAGAUUUUAAAGGACGAUGCAUAUCAAUGUACUC